AUGUCUACUUCUAAUGAGACGAUUGAGGUCGCACGGAAGCACUUGGCUGUGGCGUACAAAAACGGGGGUCAUCCUGAGAAGACGGCAACUUUCUACUCCGAUUGGAGUAAAGACGAUGGUUAUGAUCAGCACCUGAACCCAGACUUAUACCGUGGCCCAAAGAUAGCUGCCCAGGCUGUUGCCGAUUUCUUUCCCUCUUCAAAACCUGCAGACAUUCGCAUUUUGGAUGUUGCUGCUGGCACGGGUUUUGUUGCUGAGCAUUUUUAUUAUUUUAAAAAAGCCUUCUUUCAUCUCCAGCUAAGGGACCUUGGGUUUAAGCAUAUCGAUGCCCUGGAUCCCAGUGAAGGAAUGCUUGAAAAAGCUCGCCAGAAGAGAUUGUACGAUCACUUCAUCUGCACCUACCUAGAUAGUAACAAGAAGUUACCUAUUCUUGAAGAUACUUACGACUGUGCUGUGACAUCCGGAGGUAUGGGCGAAGGACACAUUCCUUACAAUAGUCUGGAUCAGCUCAUCAGGGUUGUGAAGCCAGGCGGACUCGUGUGUAUAGUGAUGAGAGAAGAGUACCUGAACCACAGCCAGUACAAGGACCUUCUGGAGCCGCACAUGUCUCGUCUGGAGAAAGAAGGAUAUUGGCAGCUGGUGUCUAGGACGGUGGAGGAAGAAUACUGCUUUGACCUCAGUGGCCUUGUCUACAAUUUCAAAGUUCUCCCCAGGCAGAUAAAAAAGGAAUAAAAC